GCGGCGGAGGCGGAGGCUUCGCUCCGGCGCCGUUUGUGCCUCCUCCCCACGUCUACCCCGACGCAGCGUUGCCGCUGGCGUCGCGCGAGGAGUCGCACCGGCCGCUCUGCGGCGCUGUCCCGCAGCCGGCAGACAUGGUGCUCGUGGAGAAGACAAAGGUGGCGGCUCGCAUGUCCGGGGGGCUCAAGGGGCAGGCGGACGAGUGGAUCCUCGCCGUAGUGCAGAGGUACAACGCGUCCACGCAAAAGUACGUCGUCCUCGACGUCGACGCCGGGGACGAGGGCGGGCUGAUGGGGGCUCCGGCCGCCUCGAAGCAGCACACGGCGCCCGCGCAGAGCCCGUGGUUGCACUCCUUUGAUCCGCGGGCUGUAGAGCCGACGGCGUACUCGCACUACAACGAGUUUAAGGCCGGCUCGAGCGUGCUCGCCCUCUACCCGGACACGACUUGCUUCUACAAGGCGUACGUCGCCACGCCGCCCUCGCAGAGCAACCCGAACCCCUCCCACCGGCGCGACUACAUGAUCGAGUUCGAGGACGAGAACGAGGUGACCGGCCGCUCCGAGCCGAUGCGCGUCCCUCAAAAGUACACGCUGAGGCUGCCGAUGUGAAAAAGUAGAGCGGCAGAAAUGAGGUUGAGCUAAGAGCGGGGCACGCGGUCGGCGUUGGGGACGGCGUCUAGCUCCACAGCGGCGACACCGCACUUCUAAUCUUUUAUUAGAGUAACAAACACGUUGUGUUGCGUUAUU